CCUCCUCUCGGCAGCCCCGUCGGUCCAGAGCCUCUGUGUGGAGGCAUGGAGCAGCCCAGACCCUGCCCAGCCUCCGUGGAUGUGUUCCACACCAAUGACUCCUUCCACCAUGCCAGGAACUGCAGUGGCGGCGGCGGUGCAGAAGAAAGCGCCGCCUACCAAGAUGGCACCCCGCUCUCCUGGAAGGUGGUGCUGACCAUCAUCUUGGCCCUCAUCACCUUGGCCACCAUGCUGUCCAACGCUUUUGUCAUCGCCACUGUCUACCAGAGCCGCAAGCUUCACACGCCCGCCAACUAUCUCAUCGCUUCCUUGGCUGUCACCGACCUCCUGGUGUCCAUCCUUGUCAUGCCCAUCAGCACCAUGUACACUGUGACUGGGAAAUGGACCCUGGGCCAGAUCGUCUGCGACAUCUGGCUCUCUUCGGAUAUCACUUGUUGCACUGCUUCCAUUCUCCAUCUGUGUGUGAUCGCCCUGGACAGGUACUGGGCCAUUACCGAUGCGGUGGAGUACUCUACUAAAAGGACUCCCAAGAGGGCGGCUGUCAUGAUUGCCCUGGUGUGGGUCUUCUCCAUCUCCAUCUCGAUGCCCCCUUUGUUCUGGCGCCAGUCGAAAGCGGAAGAAGAGGUGGCCGAUUGCGUGGUGAACACAGAUCACAUCUUGUACACCGUCUACUCCACGGUGGGGGCCUUCUACUUCCCCACCUUGCUUCUGAUCAUCCUCUAUGGAAGGAUCUACGUGGAAGCCAGGUCUCGGAUUUUGAAACAGACACCAAAGAACACAGGCAAAAGGUUAACCCGAGCCCACCUAAUAACAGAUUCCCCGGGCUCAACGUCAUCAGUCACGUCCAUAAACUGCAAGGCUUCGGAGGCUUCUAGUGAAACGGGGUCUCCUGUGUACAUGAACCAAGUCAAAGUGAAGGUGUCUGAUGCACUGCUGGAAAAAAAGAAGCUGACUGCCGCCAGAGAGCGGAAAGCUACCAAGACUUUAGGGGUUAUUCUAGGAGCCUUCAUUGUGUGCUGGCUGCCCUUCUUCAUCAUCACCUUGGUGUUGCCUAUUUGUAAAGAUGCUUGCUGGUUUCACAUGGCCAUCUUUGACUUCUUCACAUGGUUGGGAUAUCUUAACUCCUUAAUCAACCCCAUCAUCUACACCAUGUCCAAUGAAGACUUCAAACAGGCAUUUCAUAAAUUGGUACGGUUUCGGUGCACAAGCUGAGUAUUGAAUGCAGUUAAGUUUAAUUCUCCAGGGCAGGAGGGCUUGAAUGCAUUUUGUAUGUCUGGUUCUGCAGGUAGGUAGAUCAUUAUUACCAUGUUACUUCGUCUCUGGAAAAAUGGUACUUUGGAUGUCAGAGUUUGGUGCAGAGGAGAACCAUGCAAGCCUAGUGUAGCUUCCCUUUCAGAGUGAAAGUAGCUUCUCUCUGAGCCUUGGUUUAAAAAUGCUGCUGCAUCUUAUUAUACUCCCAUUAACAAUUGCUGAAGGAAAGUAGUUUUGGCCUUAAAAAAAUGAUUGUUUCUCCUGGAUUAUGCCUUGUAGACCCACUGUGGUAGAAAUUGGAUUGCUUUGGGACAACUUCUUUGGAGAAGCCUCCAUCCAGCGUGACUGCACUUGAACUAAAAGUUUGUCAUCCAGUCUCCUCUGCUAGGAGACCUUUGCCUCUCAGCCAUCUGUGUUUGAAAGCCUUUCGCCAAUGUUUCACUCCUCUUUUUCCCUGCUAGCUUGCUAAUUUUAAAGACUAUGCAGAGUGGACUGCAAAUGAAUUGCGCAUGCUGUUCAAAACCUUACUUGUCCUACAGAGCCAAGACCUUGAAAGAAUAGGCAUUGACAGUCUGGCGAGAACUGUCCCUGACUUGUUGAUAGUAAAUGGGUUUGAGGAACACUGGGGAAGCAAAUCAAGUAUAGGAGGAGACAGGGGGAUCAAAUAAGAACUCAGUGUGAGAAAAGCAACUCAUUCUUGUUUGUGUCUUUUCUGUUUAACAACUUGUCAGAUUGUAACCCACAAAUCAAACAGUGAGUGUGAGUGUGUGUUUUCACAUGCAUGUCUGCCUGCACAGUUGAGUGCCAAAGCUUGCAAGCUGCUUCCAUUUUUCAUUUUAGUGCUAUAUGUUCCUGACAUUUUGCAUAUUUGAAUAAGUGACUCACACACAAAUCUCUUGAUAAUAUGUGCGUUAACACAUACAGGCCAUUUAAACCUAAAUCUGCUUUUGCUCACCAACCCAGUUUUGCUGGUGUUUUAAUCCUUACAUUGAUGCUGAUUAUGAAGCCAUCAUAGCUAAAAUGACACAUUAAAUCAACCAUCUUAGUUAUUUUCUGAAAAGGACUUUUUGCCCACCAAAUAAAUGCACGGCAACUUUCCCUUGCACUGAUUUCACAUGCAUAUUCCUCCCAUUUCAGCUCUCCAGGUUACCAGUACAUUAGGUCCAUUAAGUAGGGUACUGUCUUCCCCCUCUAAAAAGAAUAAUACUUGGAACACUCUCUAGUAAGAAAUCUUAUGUACAGUUUUCUUUUUCUUCAUCAUUUCACUCCAUUCCCUCCUCUGUGCGCCCUUUCAUAAAAAACUCUGAUAAGCAGGUAGAAAUUAAUUUAACUACAGCAACUUCUUAUUAUUAACACUGGCUGCAGUAAGACUCUACCUUCAGCUUCAGUAUUUGGAGAACUGUAAAGUUCCCCAAUUGUCUGCCUAAUAUCUGGGUGCAAAAAGGUCAGGUUUUAUAUAGUAUUCCCUGCUUUGAAUAAGCAUUGUGCUUAGAAAAUCCAGUUACAUCUUCCUGUAUUAUAUAAUACAUGCAAGAAAGUCUUCUGGUUUUCCCACUUUUAAAAAUAGUAAAACCUGUUUUAAUAAGAACGUCACCAGGUGGGAGGGUCCUGAUCCCAAACCCCUUCAGAAUAAAGCUUUUUCCUUUUCCUCCCCAGUAGGCUUUUGUUCAGAUGUCAAAUGAAGAAUGGCAGUAACUGUCUUUUGCAGAUAUAUUUGUGCAUCCAGAAAUGUUCAUUCUUAGAACUUCCAAAAUGUAAAUUGUUAGCUUUCAGUAAAGGUAAAGCAAGAGGAUAAAUAUAAAGAUGUAUGUAGCCUAAAGGAGGCUCGCUAUACAUGGAAAAUCUGUACUUUACAGACUUGUACUCUGUCUGUAAUACAGAGUAUACAGAUACACAUGCUAGUGCUAUUUCUUAUGAAAGAAAUGUUCUUAUGAAAUAUCUUAUGAAAAGACCUGUUCUGUGCAUCUCUUUUCCUGUUUAUCUGUAGAAUCAAGUUGCUAUUACAAAGACACAACAGUUCUGUUGUCUAAAGUCCUUGAUGCUCAGAAAUACCAGCACAUGUGUGUGUAAGUUACUAAGUUCAGCCUAAAUUCAGUUCAACGACUUUGGAAGAGAAGCUGUUCCAAUAUUUGCUAAUAUUGGGUGCAAAAAGAGAAGUUUAGGCUAUGAACCUUAUGGUUUUUCACAAAAAGUCUUCAGAAGUUGCUGAUUUUUUUUUUACCAUUAUGGGGAGAGUAGCCAGAAAAGCAAGGAAGUGUGUGUUCCUUAUACAGGGCGAGUCCUUUAAAAGAGGCCCCAUGGAUACAGAGUACACAUGUUCCACGGGGCCUCUUUUAAAAGACUCACCCUGUAUACAUCAUAAAAAGUAGCUGAAUGCUAUCCACUCCAGAGCCUGCUAAUCAAAUCAAACUCUAUUGCAUGAAUCACCAAUACAGCACCUGUGGGUGCCCGCAGGGGCCUUUCCUUGUGCCCUCAGGUUUCUGUUUCCUCUGCCCCACCCCAGCUGAAAUUGGACUUGAGAGAAACAUCUUUUGGAGAAGAAGUAUAGCUCAGUGGUAGAGCAUCUUGCUUUGCAUGCAAAAAGUCCUUAGGCAUCUCCAGGCAGGGCCAGAGGUAACCCCUGCCUGAAACCCUGCAUAUAGAUGGACCAGUGGCAGCUUCCUGUGUUCCUAUAGUAGCCAAUAUAAAGCUUUUCUCAAGCUCUACUGCACCAUGUGUAGCAGGGGGAUCUUUCUCCAGGUGUGACCCUAGCAUUGCCAAAAAUGUCCCCUAUGUCACAAUUAGGCUGGAAAGAAAAUUAUUAUAUUGACUAAAAGAGAAGGCUUCUCACAAGCCAAAUUAGAAUGGAAGAGGGGUUAUUUUGAGGGGUGGGUUGUAGCUGCAGAGGAAAGAAUCACCAAAUUCCCCAACAGUUGCCCCCUCAUUACAAUUAGGCUUGGAAAAUGCCUUCUAUUGGCUUCAAUAGAACACUUUCCCCAGGUAUAAAUGUCGGGUAUGGGCCAUCUUCAUGGAUAGUGCAGCUCAGGAAGGAAGUUUAACUCUCUGGGAAGAUAUCCUGCCCCCAAGCUCUAGCCUAAAAAGAAGCAAGGCAAUUUUUUCAUGCCCAAUUGCUAGUAGUGGGAAAGUGAGUGUAUGUCUCUCUGUGUGUGAUUGUCAAUGUGGUUGCAGUGUGUGCAUGGUUGUGGAGCAUACCAAGUUGCAGUGCAUUCAUGGUGGCAGCAACACUUCCUCUUUUUUCAAAUAUGCUCAUGGGUUCGAAAAAAAAUGGUGACUCUUCCUCUGAUGGGAGGACCAGCCUGGUGUGGAACUUGGAUAUAGAGAGAAAACUCUCUUUUCCAUUUAUCUCUUGAUCUACAUGUGUCUUCUCACAAAGUUCAGAUAUUUGGGUCUUGUUUCUUUUUUUUUAAUCAUGUUUGGAGUUAUUUUCCCACUAGUCCCCCCUUUUCUUAAUUUGAAACAGUUGCUAUUCUCAUUCUGAAGGACCAGAAAUGCACUUAAAUGAACCAUACGCUUAGUGGUAUAAGUUCUUCAAGUUUGUAGUUUGUGAAAAGAAGAGGGGCGUUCAAGAAUAUGUAGCAAAUGCAGAUAUAAUAGCAGAGAGAUUUAGAAUUUAGCCAACGUACUUCACACACGUGACUGGAACUGAAGCAGGGAAUUCAAUGGACUUUUCUAUCCAUUAAUGACUGGUAUUGUUUGCACUACUGUUUCCUCCAUAAGUGAAGCACCUUGUGUUCCUGCCUCUGGCAACACAGGAGGAGAAACGUGAAAGUGCCGUCUUCUCCCCUCCCCCAGUCCUCUUAACCAAUUGGGAAUAAACGUAGCCAUUCGAUGCUGUGACUAUAUAGUUUUUUCAUAUCUGUAUCAUUACCUCAUCAAACACUGAGAACUCUAGAACCAUCUGAGAAGCUGACUGCUUGGUCUUCUGAUCCUAUACAACGCUGAAGGAGGUCCCACCCCCCACCACCCCACCUGCAAAAUAAAUGCUUAAUACGAAAUCUGAAUAAACUGAUGUUACUGAAAUUUGAUCCUACUUCAUUAUAUAUUUUUACUCAUUAUUUUUAUAAUAAUAGAUAAGUAAUCUUUACAUAAGCCCAGCAGGCAAAAUAAAAUAAAAUAAAAUAAACAGACUAUGUUCCAUUUGCUUUGAUAGGAUUGCAUUGUGAGUGUUCAUCCUAAAUGUAACCGAAAUUCAAACAAUAAAAAAAGCUUUACUGUGUU